CCCGUUGGCCGGAUUACUGUAUGCUACCCACUUGUGGAAUGGGAGAGAAAGCAAGUGAGAGUGAAGGGAUUGGGAUUCCAUUUGAUUAGGACCGACCCACUAAUCCGAUUCCUCCCGACCCGUCCUAACCUAAAGGGUCGGAAAGAGUCAAUAAGAAAAUACGAACGGAGAGGAUUAGUCAUAUAUCUUGACUCUUCAGAAGUGGGUCAAACAGGAUCAAGGUUGGGUUAGGGAAAUUUUUAGCUCUAAGUAGAGUUAUGGGUUGAAUAACUUUACUUAGGCCUAGAAAUUGGUGCUGAUGCAGACUGCAGUCUUUAUUAUACCAUCAUCAAUCAUCAUUGAAUUAGUCCUGGGCAUCCCUCCCCGUUGUCGGUCUGAAUUCUAAUGAUGGCUUCGUUCCUUGCACCAGCCAUAUUAGCGAGUUGUCAUCUCGAGCAUGAUUUGCCUAUGUACAAAUGAUACAAUUAGAGUAUGAAACUGAAUUCAAAGAAAAGGAAAAGAGAUUUCUAUCACAUGCCAAUAAAUACACACAUAAUAGUUGAAGCUAAGCGAAAGUCAUUACUCGCACAUCAAUUCUCAAAAAUUACAGACUAAACAAUGGCUAGAAUGACACUGAAACUACCAAGAAUAAUGGACGAAGCAACUUGUCAAAUUAAAUAAUCCUUAUACUGAAACUACCUUCUAACUUGAAAUAAGACAUGAUCACAGUUCAUAGCUCUCUUCUCACUAUGAAUUGGUUGCAGCUCGUCCUAAUCACUGCCUCUCAAGCUCAAUUCAAAUAGAAUAGAGACCGUUAUGUAAGAUAACCAUAUUCUUAUUGAUCAUAAUUCCUUUCUUCACUCCAUUUUUGUCGGAGAAAAGAGUUACCCCCCUCUCCUGCAUUUCCCUUUCCCCCUCUCUUCUCCCUCUUCUUCACAAACCGAUCCCUAAACCAGCAACAACAACACAAAAAUAGGCUUCGCCUCUGCCAUCUCCAUCUACUGAACGCGUUGGUGGCAAGACAGGACUGCAGAAGCAAAAUUUUCUAAAAUCAAACUAAAUUUUUUGAAGGAGACUCAACCACGAAAAAAUAGUAAAGCAACAAUGCUAAUAGUUCAUAUGGUUGGUUUUGAUGUUAUACAUUGCUUUUGUUCUGGUCUGCAGUAUAUCAACUGCAACAGAAAUGUUUCCUCCAAUCAUCUUUAGUGCACGAUUUAGAAGCAAGUCCUCCUGUUUGUGUCAAACGGAAACAUUCAUGGGUUCUUAACUCCCCUGUUAGUAUAAAAGCAGCAUCAGCAAAGAAGUUUGACAACACAACAAGCACCCAGGAAAAAUGAUACAAUGCAGUAGGUGAUAUGUGUCUCGAAGGUUUUGAGUUGCUAAAGUUCAUGUUAAAAAUAAACAUGAAUUAAAAUAGAUUGUUCUAUUAAGCAAACAUCCCCUCUAAUCAUACAAAGAUCAGAUAUCCAAUUCACAAACAAUUAAGCCAUAAAAAAUCAUCACACAUCCACCACCUUUGAUUGCCUAAAUUUGGUUUUUCGCAAAGUUAUGGACUCUUAAGGGUAACGUUCAUGGGUAGUCUGUUUCAUAACUCUAGAGAGCACAGUAAGCAACCACCAACCAGACACAGUGCGGUAGGCGAAUAUGAUUCUCAAUUCACAAUUUCUCACCACCGGAAAUAAGAACAGACCAUAAUAAGCGUCGCGUUCAUGGGUGGUAUGUUUCAUAGCACUACUACACAAUUUGUUAAAAAAGAAAGAAAGGUAUUUAGCAUCACGGCAGAACAACUUUUACAGGCCAACAACGACAACAUGUUGCAACCACCAGAACUGGUAUCACAACUCAUAGGGAAAAUCAAAAGAUUUACUCUCAAAUUAAGCAGUUACAACAUCGCAAUCGUCAAGCACAUACACCAUCACAAAAGUCACGAAAAGUGAUUCACAAAGCAUUCAAACAUUUGAGGACAUUUCUGCAAAGGUACAACUUAUAUGUCUUUUUCCAAGCCAUUUCCAUCAACAUGCUAAUAAAUUUGCAAUGCAUAAAACAAACGGGCCAAAACUUGAAAUUCAGCCUGUUUGACCGACCCAUGCCAAAUUCUAAUUAUUCUUUACUUUUAAACUUUCUAUUUGAAAAUAAAAAAUAGUGAAAGAAAAGAGACGACUACAAUUCGCCAUUUUCACAUCACUUAUUCGGGAAUAAAACCAUAGAAAUUCAAAAAGAACUAAAAAUAGUUAGGAUCGUUUUAAUGUUUAAAAUAACUAAAUAGAUCUUUUAUGUUUAGUUUUUUACUAACAAAUACCAAACGAUUCCCUAUAAAAUACACUAUAAUUUGAUCAUUAUGAUAUCAAAUAAUUAUAAAAUAUAUAUUUGAAAUGAUAAAAAUUGAACUAAUUGGGUUGGUCGAGGUUGAACCAUGGAAUAACUCUAAAAUACAUUAUAUUUUAGCCACUAAGAUAUAGAAUAAUAGCACAAUAUAUAUUAUGCCAGAGAAAAUAGCUUGUUUUAGAAUGGCAAACCAAUGAUGUUCAUUUGUUUCACUUGAUGGCCAAAUCCCAUGUAGGUCAGGCCCAUUCAACUUUUUUAUUUUAUGAUUAGCGAUUAGCUCAUUGGAUACCAUGCAUUCAACUCCUUUUCAUAUAUAUUUUAUCACCACAGAGAAAUAAAAAGGUUUAAAGAAAAAAAUUGACACUCCUGGGCCCGUUUAAAUUCGCAUGUGUACAGUAAGUUGGCCCGUUCCACAGAGGAAAGAGAAAAAAAUUGACACUCCCUAUUCUACCCUUCCUACAAACGCUCCUCGAGCAGGGAAUUUGAAAUGGGGAAAGGGUUUUUCCCUCCCUGCUAUUAUAUGUUUUUAAUUUAAAAAGAUACAACAAAUGUACUUAGUGUGAUUGGUUAUGGUCUUUGCUUUUCUUUAAAAUGGUCAUGGUUCAAAUCCCAGUACGUGUCUUUUUAAUGAAUUUGCAGGAAAUUUGAAAUGGAGCUCCCGUUUUUCCCUUCGGCGUAUUAUAUUAUGUGUAGACUGUUGAUCUAACUUCAACAGCAAAACGACAUGUAAGUUUGAUUCCCCGGAAGCAAAAUCCACCUUGUGCAUGCCACGUCAACUUUCCACCGUACAAAACAGCAAAUUAGGGUCAAAAGAGUAAAUUAAACCUUCCAGAAGGCUACGCUUAUUCGACCUUCCCGGCUUCCUCCUCCUCCUUUCCCAGCAAAACAAAAAGAAAGGAAAAACUCAUCUCCUCCACCGUCACCGUCCACCGUCCAGAUUGACGAUUCCGGUUCCGAGAAUUUUCAAUCGCAGGCUUUGUUUGGCGAUCUAGAAAAACGCAGACGCGGGAAAAUUGGAUAACGACCCGACUAGCUUCAUCCAUCUAAUUUUUUUUGUUCUUGUAUUGCUUGCACGGACUUCGUUUUCUGGGAGGAGAGAAGGAAGAGUCCACGGAAUUCGAAAUUGUUUCCUUUGUUAUUGUGCCGGCGGUGCUUCUCCAAAUCUUCUCUGAAUACGUAAUCCCCUCUCGUUCUUCUUGGGAUCGUCUCUUGUAAUUAAUCUGUUUGCGGGGUUCCCGGCGAUCUUCGUUUGAAUCGAGUUUGGAUUGUAAUUGUUUUGGCGGGGGAGAGGAGAGAAUGUUCAACGGAAUGAUGGAUCCUGAGCUGAUCAAGCUCGCUCAAGAGCAGAUGAGUCGGAUGUCGCCCACCGAGUUGGCCAAGAUCCAGCAGCAGAUGAUGUCUAAUCCAGAUUUGAUGAAAAUGGCAUCUGAAAGCAUGAAGAACAUGAGACCAGAAGACUUGAGGCAGGCGGCAGAGCAAUUGAAGCAUACUCGUCCCGAUGAGAUGGCUGAGAUUAGUGAGAAGAUUGCUACUGCAUCACCUGAAGAGAUAGCAACUAUGCGUGCUCGGCUUGAUUCCCAGGCCACAUACGAAAUGAAUGCGGCUGAAAUGUUGAAGAAACAGGGUAAUCAACUUCACAACCAGGGAAAAUUCAGUGAGGCAUCGGAAAAAUAUUUGCUUGCAAAGAAGAAUCUUAAAGGGAACCCAGCCUCCAAAGGCAGUGCACUUUUAUUGGCGUGCUCUCUCAACCUGAUGUCCUGUUACCUGAAGACAAAACAGUUUGAUGAGUGCAUUAAGGAAGGAACAGAGGUGUUGGCAUAUGAUGGUAAGAAUGUCAAGGCUCUUUAUCGGAGAGGUCAAGCCUACAAAGAACUUGGACAAUUGCGAGAUGCUGUCUCUGAUUUGGCAAAAGCACAUGAAAUUUCACCUGAUGAUGAAACUAUCACGGCUGUCUUAAGGGAUGCUGAGGAAAGUUUCGGUGAACAGGGUUACAGUGCACCAAAGGGAGUUGUAAUUGAAGAGAUAACUGAAGAUUCAUCUUCCGCGAAUUGUGAAAUUCCUCAACAGCAUAGUAGGGAUGUUCCAAACACUGGAAGCCAGACUGAUGCUGGGGGUUCAAUGACUAGUUCAGAUUCUUUGCAUGCCUUAAAAGAUAACCCGGAAGCAGUAAGGUCUUUCCAGAAUUUCAUUUCUAGUGCUGAUCCUGAAACUUUGGCUUCAAUAAGUGGUGGGAAAGCUACUGACAUGUCCCCAGAUAUGUUCAAGACUGCUGCAAAUAUGAUUGGAAAGAUGCCUCCCGAUGAGCUGCAGAAAAUGCUUCAGAUGGCAUCUUCUUUCCAGCGGGGUAAUCCAUUUAGUAAUGGUGUUGAUAGUAUCAGACCAGGUGGUGCCUUUCCUCCAAACAUGAGCCCAGACAUGAUUAAAACUGCUUCUGAAAUGAUGAGCAACAUGCCACCAGAAGAUCUUCAAAAGAUGUUUGAAAUGGCAUCCUCUCUUAGAGGAAAGGACUCUGCUGCAAAAGAAGGAACCUCUGGUCAACAUGCAUCUAGUUCAAGCAAAGUUUCAAACUUUACAGAACCUCGAGAAAUGAAUUCUCUAAGUGGCAAUAGUAGUGGUGACCCUAGUUCCUCUGGCAGUCUCUUUUCAAGGUCAAUGAGUGAUCAGUCAAGUUCUCCAAGCUCGGCUGGUGACCUGCAAGAACAGUUGAGAAAUCAAAUGAAUGAUCCAGCAACACGACAGAUGUUCACCUCAAUGAUGCAAAACAUGAGUCCGGAUAUGAUUGCCAACAUGAGUAAGCAGUUUGGAGUGCAGCUUUCUCCAGAAGAUGCAGCAAAAGCUCAGCAAGCCAUGUCAUCUCUAUCCCCAGAAGACUUGGACAAAAUGAUGAGAUGGAUGGAUAGGCUCCAAAGAGGAGCUGCAGGUGCAAAGAAAGUGAAGAACUGGUUACUUGGCAAACCAGGUCUGAUCAUGGCUAUAUGCAUGCUUCUCUUGGCAAUCCUCCUUAAGUGGCUUGGCUUCAUCGGAAGGUAAAGUUUCCCGAUCACCCCAUUCACCGGACUCCUCAACUUAUCCGAGAUUGUUGGUUGUUCGAGUCGACGCAAGCUGAGUUGGCAUAAUGAUGUGGCAAGGCCUGUGUCUAUUGGAAGAGAUCUUGUGCUCCUGGGAAGAGUUUGAAAGAGCGAGACACAGUGAAGGGAAUAAUGGGAAAUGAGAAUUAGGGAUGGAGAGUUCGGUUAGGCUUGUUAUACUUAUUUGGGGAAGAUAAUGGUAUGGUUAGGCCGCAUACCAAGAAUUUGUUGUUGCAUGAAAAUAACGUAUUAGGUAAUAUGAAUUGUUUGAACGGAUGAACUCUUGUCUCUAUGUAGCUGUUUUUUUAUUUUAUUUCUAUCACGUGGAAAUUUAUCGCGAUUGAUCGAUACAUUUUUUUACAAGGUUUAGGAAACCCUACUGUACCGGCCGGUCGGACCGCAAAUAUCGGACCGGACUCAAAACGAUAUACGAUUUUAGCGAUAGAAAACGGCUCAAUAACAGUUAAAUCAUAGUUUUAGUACAAAAUACCCUACCAUUCAUUCCUCCGAUACGAUUUCCUGAACCUUGAUUUUUUAUUGUGAGUAAUUUGAGUCGUGAUAAGUUGUGUGACAAAUUCUGUUUUCAUUAAAAGUAAAGCAAACACCUUGAUUAUACUCUUAUUAGAUUUUUGAUAAUCGUGGAAUCAAUAUUAUCAAAUUUAAUAUGCUAAAAGGAAACUCGAUGGUUCAAUAGCAGCCUCAUAUAUAUUUUGUUGUCUCAAAUUCCCAACCAUCUGCAUGAAAUUGUUACAGAAAAAACUAGAACCAUCAACUUUAGAACUCUAAAGACAAAAUAUUAAGGCCACUACUAAUGGACACCAAUCGGACGAUCACAGAUUUGGGUCUGAAGUGGGAGCCACGUUAUAGAUAGGCAACAAGAACAAGUGAACCAUGAACAAUAUCAUCCCCCUAUUCCCACCACAAAUUUGUAUAUGUGAUAACCAGAGUUCCAAUCACAAAUCCUAAUAUUGCGGAUCUAGACCUAAAAUAGUCGAUAUCUUGGUCAGGAAAAGGUUUGAGAUUUUACAAGUGAGUACGAAGCGUCUCUGCAUCCCCUGUUGAAUGAUGAUGAGACAAAUUUCAACGAGGAUAUCGAGUUCCAAAGGGAGUGUAAUGUAACAUCUGAUGCAAGUAAGGGAUAAAGAACAAUACAAUAUUAAGUGACAUGUUGGAUGAAUGGAUAAGUUCUUGUAAGGACUCUAAAGUCACCAUGAUACAUCCGAAAACAAAAAUUGUGUGGAUUAAAUGUAGAUUAAAUCCAAAGGGUACAAUAUGGUGGUCAGAAAAAAUGACAGAAGAUAUUACAAAAGCUCCCAAAAGUAUCACACAAAAACUAACAAGCUAAACUAAGGGCCUGUUUACUUUCAUUUCUGUUUUCUGUUUUUGAGAAAACAGAUGAUGAAAACAGGUGAAAACAACAUUUUGUCGUUUCCGAAAACAGCAGGGAGUUGCCACUUUCUGUUUUCAUAGUUGGAAACGAAUAGAAAACAGAAUGAAAAGUAAACAAGUUUUCUCAUUUCGGUUGCCAAAUUUAUGACAUGAAAACAGAAAACAGGAAACGAAAAUAAAAGUGAACAGGGCCUAAGGCUCCUCAUAUUCUUGACAUGUACGAAUAUUUAUUGUAGAGUUAUCAUUACAGAAGACACGAAUAAAACAAACGCGCCAAUAAAACUAAAAUUUUCAA